UGGCAGGGUUUGUUUACAGUGUGGCGAGGCGGUCAGGGCGGAAGGAUCUUCGCUUUUUCUCCUUAUUUUCCAUCACACAGGGACCGAUAAGGGAGCCAGCCGCCCGAGACACUGACGGAGAAGAGGAUAAGAGGCCUGGCGGGGCGCGGCAUGGCACGGGGGAGCUAGGGGCUACAAGGACGGGACAGGAGCAGGCUAUCGUUGGUCAGGGAAGAAGUUCAGUUAGCGCAUCAAGAUGGCUCAGUACAAGGGGGCGGCCAGUGAGGCUGGCCGGGCAAUGCAGAUCAAGAAGCGGAGAGAGAGGGAGCAGGAGGAAAUGGAGCAAAAGAAAAGGAAGCUGGAAGAAACACUUAAAAUAAACAAAAUAGAAAACAAAUUUGCUGUCCAUUAUGAUGCAGUGGAACAACAACUCAAGAGCUCUACUAUUGGUCUUGUGACAUUGAAUGAGAUGAAAGCAAAGCAAGAGGAUGUUGUUAAAGAAAGGGAGAAGGAGCUUGCCCGUAAAAUAAGGGAACAAGAAAAGUUACUGAAGAAAGAGAUUGAAGCCAAGCAAGCCAAGAAGAAAGAGCAGAGAGAAAAGAUUGCCAAGCUCAGUUUCUGCCCAGAUGAUGAUGAAGAUGAGGAAGAUGAUAGCAGCACAGAGGACAACAGCAAAGAGGAGGAGAGUGACCAGUACAGCAGUGAGGGGGAGCCGGAGAAAGGCUUCAAGAUGAUCAAGAACCCGGAUGUGGACACCAGCUUCCUGCCUGACCGAGACAGAGAGGAUGCUGAGAAUAGACUGAGAGAAGAGCUGAGACAGCAAUGGGUGGCCAAACAGGAGGCCAUGAAGAAUGAGGAGAUAGAGAUCACCUUCAGCUACUGGGAUGGCUCAGGCCACCGACGCUCUGUGAGGAUGAAGAAAGGCAACAGUGUGUACCAGUUCUUGCAGAGAGGCCUGGAGAUCCUGCGGAAGGAGUUCAACGAGCUGCGUUCUGUGUCUGCCGACCACUUAAUGUACAUCAAAGAGGAUCUCAUCAUCCCCCAUCACUACACCUUCUAUGACUUUAUCGUUAACAAGGCCCGAGGCAAGAGUGGUCCGCUCUUCCACUUUGACGUCCACGAUGAUGUGCGGCUCGUCAGCGAUGCAUCGGUGGAGAAGGAGGAGUCACAUGCAGGCAAGGUUGUGAUGCGCACUUGGUAUGAGAGGAAUAAGCACAUUUUCCCUGCCAGCCGAUGGGAGCCGUAUGACCCGCAGAAGAACUAUGAGAAGUACACCAUUAAGGACAAGAACAAGAAAAAGUAGAGACGUAUCAUGGGUAUUCAUUAACAAGUACAAAGUCAGAGUGUGUCCCUCAACUGCCAGCCCCUGCAGAGGCCACUGAUUGCUCUGUACACUCUGGAAAAGAAAUGAUUUCUUGUGUGUGUGUGUGUGUGUGUGUGUGUGUGUGUGUGUGGUUUGGUGUGGUGCCUAAAAGCUGCAUAUGCCUCAUCACCUGGGAACACAUUCAUUGGGUCACCUGCAACAUCAGAGCAGUUUUCUUAAUCAAUGUAUACUCCUGCAGUUCCAUAUGAGCAGAAGUCUGGAAGGGCAACUGAUCUUAAGUCUGGCCUUUGUCUACUGUACUCUGGGUGAGUCUGGUUUUGGAAUGUGCAGGUGAUACAGCAGCUCUAGGAUCCUUCCAAAUGUGUUAAGAAGACUAAAGACUUGUUUACAUGGUGAUAAUUUCUCACAUAAAGGGGCUACUACACUGGGCAAAUUUUCCGUGGAUCUUCAGUCAAACCAUGAUUUCCGCUAGCGUGGUUCUCUUUUGUUUCUUGUUAUUGCUGCUGCUGCUGAUGGUGAGUAAUGCUGUCAUCCUCUGGUGAAAUCUAACACAGCUUUGGAAGAUCGUGGACACCUCAGAAAGCCACAGAAAUAUGAGGACCACGCCAACAGAAAUCUUGGUUUGACUGAAGAUCCACGGAAAACUUGCCCAGUGUAAUAAUCCCUUUAGGCUCUCUCAGAAAGGAGAAAAGCACAUUAAAAUGGUGCUUGGAAAAGUGUUGGCUGGGAUGGUGAAAGGGUUGGCUUGGUCAGCUCUUGACUUGCCAGAGCAGCAAAGAAGGGCAUGAAAGAUGUGUUAGUGUGGCACUCAACUUAAGCACAUCGGCCUUUAAGCCUGUAACAGUAACCUCCCAGCGAGAGGUGUGACCAUAAGUGGAGAAAGUUGUUGCUUUCGUGAGUAAUGUGUGGGCCUUGCUGACUAUGUAAAGGUGUCCCUCAAAACAGACUUUAUCCACCCUGACAUCUUAUCCCGGUAGCAGCGGGGAUCAUGUUUCUUAAUGGUCCCUCCAAGCGAGAAAAAUGAGAAAUAAUCACCCCUCCCACAAACCAUUUCAUGAUAUAUAUCAAAGCAUUUGUGAUCAGAUUAUGUAUCAUCUAUUUUGGGGGGUUUAUAUCAUGGCACAAAUUUGGCCCGGUAAAGCUACAAAUUUGGCCCGUCACUUCUACCGGGUUAAGGCUUACUAAAGUCUAGCAGCAAAAAGUUGACAUACAUUUUUAUUUUAUUUUUAUUUAUUUAUUAUAUUUUUUUAGCGUAUGUAGUUGUAGCUCUAGGUAAAUUAUCUGCAUUUUUACGACAAUUAUGCUCAUUACAACAACUGGGGAAAUUGCUUUCAGUAAUGAUGUAACCUGACUUUUCUUUUGAUUUUAGGAACUGUAUAUACCUGUUUGGAAGCUAAGCAAGGUGAUGUGGUAUAUGUCCCGAUAGAAAUCUUUAUCAUUAUUUUGUUUUCCCAACACUCUGGGAAACUGCAGUAGUAUUUAUUUUUUGUUUUUUUUAGUGGACACGUUUGCCCUUCCCAAGCCUCCUUAUCAUUCCUAAUAGUAGUGUUGUUGCUUUUUAACACCUGACUGCUUCUUUAUUAGUAAAAUUUGGGAUUACCCAGGUAUGAAUGUUUGGAAACAUUUAUAAGUCACAUCUCUUGAAGUAGUGGAUGUGUCACUUAUGAACCUGUUUGUUCCUUGGCCAAACCUAUUCUGUAUUUCCUUGAAAAUAUUUUUCCUAUAUUAAUUCUAAACACUAUUUUUUAUUCUGCUUUUUAAUUCAUACCCCUAUUAAGUAUGUAAACAGAUAUUUAUCUCUACAAUGGUUGAAGCCAUUUUUAUACAGUACAAUUAAAUUAUUUGGAAGAUGUUUAUUGAGAAGUAUAGAGAGAUAACAAAUGUCUAGCAGCAGAACGUGAAAAUCAGAUGUAAGAAGGAGAGUGCCAGUGUUGGCUUGCUGAGUGGAACUGUGAAAGAAAAGUAUUGAAAAAAAGGACUAAAGGGUCCAGAAAGUAUGUGUUUGUGAAGUUAAUGAAGGCUUAGGAUGGCUGUAAUACAUGAUUGAAAAUGCAUAAGAACUUUCUGUUCUGAUAAACACUACAUGCUAUAGAGAUGUUUUGACUUUUUCAAAUAUAAGAGUAAGGAAUCAGUGGAGGUAUCUUGCAUAUGUAUAUAAAUAACUCACAAAGAGGUGUUUGUAGCUAACAUUCCAAGGAAAUCAGAUACUCCAGUGAGAAAAACAGGAAGUCACCGCUGAUUGCUGAGUGAGGAGGCUGAAGAUUAAGGUGAUAUUGUGUGUUUUUCGAGGUGCAGGUGCCUCCUUGUCUCACUUCCUGUUAUUGGAAGGUGCUUGCUUACUUUCUUCUAGAAGCUUUUUUUAUUUCUUUUGAACAAUUUUAAGCAUCAUUAAAUAUUAACCAACAAUACUUUUUGUAAAGCUCCAUCUGAUCAAGAAAUAAAUCCUCACUGCCACCCACUGGGGCUCACCUUCACUGCCAUGCAUCAUUUGUUCACUUCAUUAAUUUUUGUCUCGGUCCUUCAUGACAAGAGCGUCCCGCACACACCACACCGUGUGGCCUGCAGGUCAUGAGCCUCCACAGCUUGCCCAGUGUUGCUUACUCACCGCCUCAGGGAUCAACGAGUCACCGUUGAACACAAGACACUGUUCCUUUGUGAGAGUUAGUGAAGGCACAUCCUGAGUUUCAGCAGUGUAGUUUUUGGUUCACUGUAUAAAUAAUGCAGUAAAGUUUUUGUGCAUUUGGUAAAUCACAUUAUUACUCGUAAAACUUUGCUUCAUGUAUGAUAAAACAGACACCUGUUGUCAUUCAGUUCGUAAUUUGUUCAGGUAAAGUGUUGGACAUGCUUCUAGUAAAUAGGAGUAGUUACAAUCUUACCAUGUUACCUAAAUAGGUUACAUAUAUUACACAUGUUGACAUUAAAAGGUAUCUAAUAACUAUCGUUUUUCUCAGUAACAACAUAUUAUGGAGGUGAGACAAGAGCAAAUGAGUACAGAAUUUAAGAGCAGGAAAAUUAAGGACUCCUUUGCAAGACUUUGGAGAAUCAGAGUAAAAUGAUUAAGGAAAAUAUUAUUACACAUUUUCUAUAUUAUUCAAAUACUUGUUACAGCACUGCCCUUCUGCCUUCAUGAAACUUUAACAUGAAGCCUUCAGGUAAUUAUCAACAAAGGCAGCUAACUUAGUCCACUCCAGUAUGUGGAGAAAGUGGAAGGAGAGGAUGUGGAAAAGGCAAAGGACGACCAAUUCCUCGCUCCUGCACCGUAACCAUUAAUCAGGAGCCUUGAUGUGUAGAGGCAGAGGAGGAGGAACUGUGGCAAGCUAGGAGGAGCCACACGGCAAAGCAGGCAAGGGGGAGGAGCCAGUGCUAAUUGGGGAUAAAAGCUGCUGCAGGAAGGUGGAGUGCUGCAGUCAGUCCGUCACUCAGUCAGAGAAGCUUUCUGUGGCUGGUGACACUCGGGAGCAAGAUGAGGCCAACGGUGCUGCUCCUGCUGGCGGUUGGUUUGGUGAGCUGCAUCCCCAGGGAGGGGCUUGGCAGAAGGCUUGCCAGGGACCCGUCUGCUGAGGGGGGUGGCGAUGGGUCGUCUAGCCUGGCACUGCGCUCCUACAUUCCUGAUGGGGGCCAAGGCAAUGAGCGUACAAAAAGGGGAUUAUUUACGAGUAAAACUAAACCUCCAAAGGAACCUGAAAAAUGGACUUACAAUCCAAUCUAUAAACCAAAGAAAUAUUCUGAAUGUCUGGAGUAUCUUUUUGAUCAAAUCACAGCCAAUAAAGAGUUGAAGAACCUUGUUGAUAAAUAUGAUGGUGAAACGGUUAGAAAUAUAACAGCCAUUGUUUGGGAAAUCUUCUCAGAAUACAAAAACAGGAAUGAAAGAGGCCCUACAAAUAAAUUAUUAGAAGAAAGAUUAGAAAAGGAUCCAAGAAUGAAGAGGCUUUAUAAAAAAGUUGAUAGUGACACGAUUGGAAAUAUAACAUCCAAAACUUUGGAUAUUAUCAGAAGAGGUAUUCGAAAUAACUUCCCUUGUUUCAUCUUCCGGACAAAGCGUCAACUCAGGAAUAGAAAAAGGGGAAACUCUCAGAAUAAAAGUGAAACUACAGA